CUGGCUGAUGUGUGGUGGAGGGACUGCUGUGCUGGGCGGCGGGAGGGAGAAGGGGAAGGCCUGCGUGCAAUUUACAAAGCACUCUGUAGUCGUCUAUUUACCCGCGCUGUCACGCGUUCUAGCAGUGGAGAAGACAAUGGCCGACCCCUGUAAUGCGGCGCUCAGGAGCGGGGUGAACAACAGGUACCGCGUGUUGGAGGUCCGCCUGGUGCGGCGGGAGGGACGCGACCCUGAGAAGCACCUGGCGAUCAGCGCUUCCACAUCGCCGGGAGAUACGGAGCUGUGCGUCCUUCAGAACAGCUGGGAGUCUGUUCCAGUUGUUCCGGGAGACAUCGUUCAUUUAGAAGGGGACUGUAGCUCUGGUACCUGGAUAAUAAAUGAGCAGUCUGGAUACCUCAUUCUUUACCCAGAUAUGCUGCUCUCUGGUACUACGAUAUCCAGUAGCAUUCGAUGUAUGAGAAAAGCAGUGCUGAGUGAAAGGUUUAGGGGCCCUGAGUGUGGUUCACGGCAAACACUCAUUGGUACAAUUCUUCAUGAAAUUUUCCAGCAAUCUGUAACAAAUAACUUGUCACCUGAAAAAGUAGAGGAACUAGCAAAUAACAUUCUGUUAGCAGUGCAGCAGUGCCAGUCUGGUACCAGAGGUGGCAAUCUGCCUAUUGAUUACAACUUUCUUAUGGAGUUCCACUUUUCCAGGGAUCAGACUCAUCUUCCUCAUCUACAGAGCUUAACUCAAUGGUGGAUUUGUCAAUUUUUUUCAUUUGGAGAGAGUAAAUGCAAUGCUCUGUCAUAG